CGUCCGUUUUCACCUGUUGUCGAGUAGCCAUCCUGAUCCUCUUCCCAGAAGCUUUUACGAGAUUCGAGAUUCGAGAAAGAGAGAGAUUUCACAUCAUCACGUGGGAAGAUAGCGAUAAAAUGGCAUAAAGAGCUGUUGGGAGCCAGAAUCCAAGUCUCUUUCUGCUUCUGGUUGGUUAGUUUUGUUGGUUAAUAGAGAGAGAGAGAGAGCUAUGGAGGAUGUACAACCAGCUUCUUCUUCUAUGGAGGAUGUACAACCAGCUUCUUCUUCUUCUCCUUUGUCUUCUUCGACGAUCGCUUCGGAUCUUUUCGGUGGUAAGGAGUCUUCGGCUUCUGCAAAUACGUCUUCCCCUGGGAUUUUCAGCUCUUUGUUUCCACGGCCAGCUUCUACUAUGGUGAUGGGGAGGGAUUCAUCGCAUUUUGAUUCAUUUGGGUUGUGGAAGAGACAAAAUCCGGAGCUUCAGGUUUCGAAUACCAAGCAUGUGCCCGCAGACAGGAUAGACCAAGGCGGUGGAAAUGAAAACAAAAGCAUACCCAACAAGGACAAGAUCUCUGCUUAUCCGGAUGAAACAGUAGAGCCAUGCUUUCUCAGCUCCUCUCUAUACUAUGGUGGUCGAGACGUCUAUUCGCAUUCAAAUACCCAAGCUUCUGGAACACCUGCUAUUUUCAAAAAGGUUGAUGGAGAGGACCCCAAUGCGAGCAAUGGAAAUGAUGCAUCAAGAGGAAAUUGGUGGCAAGGAUCACUCUAUUACUAAAGCAUUUGCUCCCAGUGCUCGUGCAUUAACCUUCUACCAAGGAACAUGAGGAAGUUUGGGAGUGUUUUCAUCUGCCAUCUAUGAUACUAGAAAUAGCUGAUAUUAUGGGUAUGCCAUGCUGGGAGGGAUGCCGCAAAUGAUGCUUGUACUUCUGCCAAUAGAGGAAUACCAUCAGAGGACCACGUGCUCAGUUUUUGUUCUGAGCAGUAAUUAGGAAUGAUGCCUGUGAAACGUUUAAAGGACCUGUUGAAACUUUUGUCGUUGGACUGAUGCAGACUUAAAAAGUACAAAACUAUCUUUGCUUGGAAUGUUUUUCUUCCGUAUCUGGAAAUGCUUUAGGCUUUUACAGCCAACUUCAAUGGUAGAAAAUAUAGAAUAAAGAAGAAAUUCAGUAGUUUCAUGUGUUC